AUGUUAAAUAAAGAUCCUAAUGCUUUUAAUUUUAUGUUGGAAGUUCUUGGAAAAACAGGAACUAGUAAUGCAAAAAUGCCCGAGAAGGUGACCUGGAGGAGGCGGAUGAGCAUUUUGUGCCAGCUGCUCAGAAGAUACCAAGAGUCUAAGAAGAUUGAUCGCCACAUGUAUCACAGCCUAUACCUGAAAGUAAAGGGGAAUGUGUUCAAAAACAAGCGAAUUCUUAUGGAACACAUUCAUAAGCUGAAGGCAGAUAAAGCCCGCAAGAAGCUCCUGGCUGACCAGGCUGAGGCCCAUAGAUCUAAGAACAAGGAGGCACGCAAACGACGUGAGGAGUGGCUCCAGGCCAAGAAAGAAGAAACCAUCAAGACUCUGUCUAAAGAGGAAGAGACCAAGAAAUAA